GUAUGCUCAGUAUACAGUUUCUGAGUGCAUGCGUAUCAAGCGUCGUAUGCAACCGGAGCAUAAAAUAAAACUCCCCUGUAUAAAUUCCUGUAUUCAUUUUCUCACUCUCUCAAACUUUCACGCCCAGAAGAUGAAGUCUUCUACUGUCCAAACACCUCAAAAAGCUGCCAUCCGUCGAUCGAAGGAGAAAUCCCACAAGAUCAUCGCAAAAUCCCUAAAUCCAGCUUUCUUAGCUGCAUCCGAAGCCGAUCCGCUCCAUUCUUCGUUCAUCUCAGCAAUCACAGAAGGAAAUCAAGAAACUGAUCUCUCUAAAAGCGGUCCAAAACCCUCGUUUUCAUCUCCGUCGGACGCGUUUGACUCCACCGAUGCAUUAGAAUCCUUCUCUACACCGUUGAUUGCUGAUGGGAAUCAAGGAUCUGGCGGAUCAGAGGUUUUCAAGACGGAGAAUGUGUACGUUCAGGUGGCCAUCGAUUUACUGCUCGCCGCUCGUUUCCAGGUCCUGAAUUCUCCCAAUGUUGAUCUCCAAUGGAAGAAGCUUCUGGAUUGCCUGAUCAAGAGCGCAAUCGAGCCGUUGGAUUGGCUACCAGAAGAGCAGGACAGGUUUUACGGGCUUCUCCAAGAGAAGGUAUGGAUAGGAUUACUCCGUGUUUUCGUGUGGAUCAUUUCGGUGUCAGUCAUCAUGGAUCGAGAUGCCCGAACUGGGACGGGAUUUCCUGGCAUGCGCCUCCUACAUGACGGUUUCUAGGGAUGGCACGUGCGUUGCAUGUGAGACGGAGGCCGAAAUGAGAUGACAAAGCGGUAAAAAAAAAAACAAAACAGACAAUUGAUACACAUUACCUCUCCUUUUUUUUAAAGCUCGAAAUUCAAGGUACUGAAAUUGGACGGAUCUAGUGGAUGAACUUACUUGUUCAAGCAAGUAUCUAUUUUCUCUUAUACCUUAUGAAAACCUCAGAGAAUUAAAUGAUUGUAAUUAUAUGGAGAUUGAUUGAAACUGAA